AUCUGUUCAGUCUGUUGCCGGCACUCGAACCGUAUGCACUGUGUCCGCAUUAUAUUAUACGAGUUUGUUAUACCUUACCAUUUUUCGAUAUUAUUACGGUCGUCCAUUGUGCAUUAUAUUGGUAAAGAGGAAUAAAGUUUAAUAUUCGUGCGAGCAUAAAUUUUGUUGUUUUGUUUUUGUUCCUUUUAUUUAUUUGUUCUAAAGGUUGUUUUCCUUUUCGUGUAUUGAGUGUUGGAUGCUGAAGGUUCUGUGUUGUGGUAUGCUUAAGAAAAAGGAAGAACAACGAAGUGAAAUACAACCCAUUAUCAAAAUUAUAUUCCAUCAUUUAUAUGUGUGGCUAUUGUGUGCUUAAGGCCCUGGAUAUCGAAUAGAAAAAAUAUAUUUUUUUUUAAAUCUUAAAAUAUCAAAACGAGUCAAAACGAAAAGGAUAUAAUAAUCUGAGUGCACAUUGCACAUUCGUUUCUAUUCAAUCAAGUGGAUUAUAAUAUUCAACAAUUUAACGUCUCUAUGCACACCGUACAAGUGGAUAUAUUACCUGCUCAGAUAGCAGACAAUCGUAUGCCUCAAAUUUAGUGUUUCAGGUUGAUGAACAACUGGUUAUGAUCAUAAAGUAAAUUUUUUUCGGCAUACAUCUGGAAACAAAAUGCCAAACUCCAAAACGAUUUUGAAAUUUUUCUUUGCACUGGGCGUUUGGUCUUUCGUUGUGAUUGGCCUGUUCAGGAUACACGGCCAGAAUGUGCUGUUACAGGAACAUCCGGCAGCACCGCUGAGCGGACGCCUUCUGUUGCAGAAGGAAAACCGAUACCUGGAAGCGACCUCAACCACCACCAAUCGUAUCGACGAUGUUUUAAUUGACAAUCGACAAGGAAUGGACGAUGAAUCUUUGGUGAAAGACGUAGCGUCACGUAUUCCAUCGCUGCCCAUUGCAUACUGGAGCAAAUACAAAAACGUUUCGCAGAAAAAGUCUGCAACGUGCGCCAAAUACCCAUCGAUAUUUGAAUUGGAAUUUAACAACAUCUACUGGCAAACGUUGCGAACAUCUAACGGAACGUUUCAGUUGUUCGGCGCCUACUACGACAUACGAAAAUCGUCGUUGAUCGGACCGUCGGUGCGUAUUCUGGGCAUGAUCGAUCGCAUCGAACCGAAGGUGAAAACCUAUUGCCAGUUUUGGUUUGACGGCCAGAAGGAGCCGUAUAUUGUCAAGACAUUCGAAUACAAAUACAUUUGGUACAACAAAUGGGGCAACUACAAACAGGGUAUCUAUCAGCCAUAUUUGAUCGCAUGCCAAAUACCGAAACCGUUCCAUUCGGUCGUACCCGCGUCUGUGUCCAUUGUGGAAAAGGAAUGUGACACUGCGACCAACAAUUUGCGUGUCAUAUACAAUCGGCCGCCGGAUGACAAGAAAAAGGGAUUUGCCGUUUGCGUGAAAGGAUUGGAUUUUCUGUACGAUGAUCUGUCUGUACGGUUGGUCGAAUGGAUCGAAAUGUUGCGCAUACUUGGAGCGGAAAAGAUUUAUUUCUACGAACUGCAAGUUCAUCCGAACAUAUCGAAAAUUUUGCGACAUUACGAAAGCGAGGGAAUGGUUCAAGUGACACCGCUCACAUUGUCGGGCGGACAACCAAAUGUGCCCGGAUUUCAGCAUCUGUACCUACAGAAGAAGACCAAUCACAAACGUCAAAAUGAGAUCAUACCGUAUAACGACUGCUUGUACAAGAACCUCUAUCUUUACGACUUUAUUGCUCUGCUGGACAUCGACGAAAUCAUAAUGCCAAAAGACGACCUGAACUGGCACGACUUAAUGAAGCGAGUGCUGCCCAAGGCAAAGAAACUACGAAACGACACCUAUCCCAGCUACAAUGUGCGAAACGUUUAUUUCCUCGACGAACACCAGCACGAACACGGCUGGUACGAAUCCAUCCCAAAGUAUUUGCACAUGUUGCAGCAUGUCCACCGUGCGCAAAACUACACCAAACCAAAUCAGUACGUGAAAUGUUUCCACAACCCGGAGAAAGUGUUGACUCUGCACAAUCAUUUCCCGUUGUCUUGUUUGGGCGGCGCCUGUCAAUCGUUCCCCGUUUCAACGGACGAUGCGCAACUGCAACACUAUCGUGCCGAUUGUGUGAAGACGCUGAAAAAGAGUUGCGGCGAAUUUCGUGAGCAUUCAAUCGAGGACACAUCCAUAUGGCGAUUCAAGGAUGAACUGGUCAGUCGCAGUGUCAAAACGUUGGAGAAGCUGGGUUUUUUGCGUAGCUCCACAAAGGUUCCGCACAUAGAGCGGUGAUUUUGGAGAUUCUUUUUAUUUUGAGAAGAAAUUUGAAACGUUACAGCGACUUUUGGUGACGACGACAUAAUAAGCGACAAAAGUUAGGAGUUUUCCAAGUGAUAUUUUUAUUGUAAGAUAGACCAUUCGAUUCUCGCUUUAAAAUCAGCUUUGAGAUGUGUUACGGGUGACUGAAAUGGGGACUAUUCUAUCGUCACGCCAUUAUCUUGAUAGCAUUUUGGAUAAGCGAGCCUGUUCAAUGGACCUAUACCAUUUAACAUACUCGUAAGCAUUGAUAACAAAACUGAGUUCUUAAUUCGAUCAAUGCGCUCUCUGGAGAUUGGUUUGAUUUGAGCAAUAUACCGAUGAAAAGAGAGCUAUUUUUGUAAAUAUGUGUGUGUGUCUGCCGAUGUACGUCAAAAAGUAUGUUCGUUUCCAUUGCGUUAAAUGGAAAUUUAAACAGUGCCGUACAGCGACAAAAUAUUUUAUUGCAGCGGAACUGAGCGAAUCCUCUCUUUUAAUCGAUCUAUAGAAAUAUUAAAAAAAAUCCGCUGUAAAAUGUGAGAGAGAACUGUUAUGUGAACGGACGCAAAAAUGGAAAUUUUUCUGAACGAAGGGGACGUGACUCCGAUUCUUGCCUCAUCUGCACUCCGUUUACUCACCGUUUUCCAAAAAAAAUACCCUGAAAACUGGUCUCUCUUUCCAUUGUACCAUAAAACGGUGAGUAAACGGAAUUAAAGUCGCUUUGUGCUUUACGAGUUUCUCAAAUAAUGAGAGCUUUGAGAGAAUUUGUUUGACUCUCCAAAGAAGCUGCAAAAAAAUUCCUCGCGACAUAAUGUCGCCAUGUUAUGUCACAACGAAAAAACUAAAUGCCGACAAAUGUAUUGCAGUAGACUGUGACGAUAGAGUUGUCUCUAUCGAUAAUAUGGUCACUAUGUAACACGAAUAAUUAAAAAAUCCAACCAAAACUGGUCUUAAAGCGACAAAACAAAAAUUAUAAAUUUAACGAGCUAAUUAAUUAACGAUACAAUUUCACAACAAAUCUUGCAACACAUUCGAUUUUGCAUAUUUGUUGUGAUUGGGUUUAAUGUUGGGGAAAAAUUUCUUUCAUUUACUCGCUGCAUGCUAGAGAAAAGCUUCAUUUACACCUAUAUGCUACUAAGGGUAAACACUCAUUUCUCAAGCACUUUGCGAGUUAUAGUAGAUUACAUUGGAUGCUGCGUAAGUAAUUCAUUUCAUACAGGUAACAAUUUUGUGAUUAAAGCCAACUUCCAAGUGUGCUUGUUGAGUAAGUAGCUUCGGUAACUGUUAUUUCGAGAAAUAUAGCGUUUGUCUAUCCGAGCCGAAGACUAGGUUCACACGAGUGACUUUGCAUGUACCUCAAGGAUCUUUCCGAAUUAAUGAAUUACGUAGCAGCAUCCAAUGUAUUCUGGUUUAUUGUCGCCCCAUGUUGACUAUCACAAAGGAAUUCACGUAAAAUGAACCGAAAACAGUCUUUCUGUAAUGGAUCAUUUCCGCAGGGAACAAACUGUCAUGUAAUGGUCAACUUUUCAGUGGGGUAGGCAAUAGCAGAAAAUUACUUUUUUUUGCUGGUAAUGUUGUCGUUCGACAGCUUAGUCGAAUCAACCGGUCUGCAAGCAAAUUGGUAAUUUAAAUUAUUCUUUUUUGGUGGUUGGUAAUACACAAGAACUUUUGUUUUCUUUACUUUACUAGUGAAGUAAUAAGGGCUUUUCCCUCACGGGUGAAACCCGUUUACCUCGCUCGUAAAGUUAAAUAGCAUGCUAAAGGUCGGUUCCAUCGGACUGUAUACUGUAAAGAUAAGUCAAAAACAAGUCAGAGCAUCCACAGAUCCAUAACCUCAACAGACAUUUUGUCAACAAAAUUUUUUUGGUUAUGUCUCUAUAGAUGACGCUCUGAUAACUUUGGAAACGACCUGCAUCAGUGAAGUAAUGAGAUAUCUCGUAUCACGAUAAGUAAAAGUACCUCGGGCUGAAACCGUCGAAUACUUUUACUUAUCACGAGAUAUGUCAUUACUUCGCUGAUGCAGUAAUCUAAUAGCAUGUUCUCGUAGAGAUAUAAAUAAGAUGUAAGUUAGACGCGUUGCGGUUAAUAUAUUCAUAUCAUGAUUUAGAUCCCACAUCACAUAAAAAUAUGCGUAUACGUCAGUCAGUUAUUAUUGAAAUCUGCUAAGGUAUGUUACACAAAAUGUAAAGCGGAAUUUCAGAAUAUGAACGCUACACGACAAAAUCCUAAUGGGAAAAAUUAAUCGAAAACUGUGGAGAUUUGGAGAGUUUGCUUGAAAAUUAACAGAAUCGGAAUAGAUCGAUUUCGAAUUACUAAAAUUGAUGACAACUAUAUCAUUAAAACACACGGAUUCUUUGGGUGUUGUUUCUUCAUAAAUGAUUUUCGAGAAUUUCGUAACGAAUAGAAAGAACGAUAUAUUUAGUGCGAGUUAUCUUCAGGAAUCUUUCUCUACACUAUUUCGACACAAUAUAACCAUAAUGUAAAACAGCAUCGAAACGCGCCUAUGUAAUGAACCAUAAAACCAUUGUGCAAAUUAACAUUAUUACAAUUUCGUAUCGAUUAUAAUAUGCUGCACAUUAUAAACCAAUUUCAAACAAUAAUCGCUUCCAGUUAAUGAAAUAUUUUAAUUAAAAUUAUUAAUUUAUGUAUGGGAGCUUUUCCACGUUCACCAAUUCUACGGUUAGUCAUUACGUUUGGCUGCAUUUUCAUAUUAAAAAAAAAAAUGGUAAAAAAAAUUCGAAAUGAUUUUCUCUCGCUCCAUUUCGAUGUUUAUGCAAAAUUAUUCCAUCAACAUAAAUCAUUUAUAAAUAUUCAAAAUCAAUUAAAUCGCCAACAGACAAACAUUGGCCAGGUGGGUAUAGGUACUAGCCACUGUCACUGCAGUGUGUCCUUAUGACAAACACAAAAUCGAAUUCAAUUUGUUAGUUCAACAAAAAUUUUCGAAAAGAAAUUCCAACAAAAAUGUUAUUUUGAAAUUCCCGCUAAAGCAUUUCGUGACACAUAGCUAACGGUAUUUGGUGGUAGCACAAAAAUAUUGUUAUGAAAAACACAUUCAUAUCGCUGUUUUUACAUAGAACCUCUUGUUACAUGACCACGAAUUCGGAUCCAUGGAACCUGUGAUUAUUCUACACAAUUAUUUCUAAAUGUAAAAUAAUGAAAGGUGACGCAUUUAGCUUUUAAGAAAUUACUCUGACUUAUAGCGAUGUGAAAGGGUCCUAAUCCAAAUUGUUUUUUUUGUUCUUCUGUCAAGUUUGACAGUAUAACAAAAGAUAAAUAUUGAAUCAGGUCUCUUUCGCGUCGUAAAGUGUAGCUAUAACUAGACUUUAAUUAGAAUUUAAAACUAGAAAUAAAACGUUAAACGAAAUGCGUUAAAAUCGAUGUUAAAAUAUCAA